CCACCCACCCUAUUAUCCAACAAACAAAAUUGUCAAUCCGACAGGAAUAUUAUUUAUAUAAUGCUUAUUAAAGUAAAGACGUUAACAGGCAAAGAGAUUGAAUUGGAUAUUGAUCCAAAUGACAAAGUUUCUCGUAUCAAAGAAAGAGUCGAAGAAAAGGAAGGUAUUCCUCCAUCCCAACAGCGUUUAAUCUAUGCAGGAAAACAAAUGGCGGACGACAAGUAUGCUGAAAGCUAUCAUUUAGAAGGCGGUAGUGUUUUGCAUCUAGUUUUGGCUCUUCGUGGUGGAUUUUAAAUGUAAAAGAAAAAUAAGAAGCAAGUUAUGAGGCAGAUGAAAUCUAUUUAUCAACAUUAAAAUUGUAUGAGAGGUUGGACCUGAUAAACAUAAUGUCAUUGAACAAAAAGAGAAAGCAGUCGCUCAUCAAAUAUCCCGAGUUCUUCUUUUUUUGGAUAUAGAAUGAAUCUUUUGGCAUUGCAUAAAGCUAUCUGUAAUUUCUUGUUAUUGAACGCAUUCGCAGUUGCCAAGUAAUUUCAUACCGUUUCAAGAGCAUGAUUUCUGCGUAGCGAGCAAUACAACCACAACGUCGU